GGAUUGUUUAUAUUCGACGCUGAACCAGCCUUCUUCAUAUACUGUCCUUUACCAAUAUCGGGUAGUCUAUUAAACCAUAGAAGAACAGGUAAUCGGUUUACUUAUAAAUAAUUAAUAAAAAAAAAUAAUUCAAAAGGACUAAUGAGUGACAAACGGAAGCCGUUAGGUAUUCAUGGUGCUAAUAAUGAAAGGGUAAUUCCAAUGUUGGGAACAACCUCAAACUUUGAUAAAACUGAAACAUCCAUACCUUUAUUAAAGCAAGAGCUUCCUGAAAACUUUGAAUCCGAAGUCGAAGAAAACAAGGAGAAUCUAAACAGCGAAAGCAUUCGCCAGUUGCUCUUCGGAGACGAAAUUGCAGGAUUUGUUGACACGGGAGAGAAGCCUCCAUGCUCAUAUGCUACAUUAAUUGGUUUAGCUAUUCUUCAAACUCCAGACAGGCAGCUAACUUUGAAUGGUAUAUAUACAUGGAUUCGCAAUACCUUCCGCUACUACUUAAACCAUGAUGGAGGCUGGCAGAAUAGCAUCCGACACAAUUUAUCAUUAAAUAAAGCAUUUGUGAAAGUUGGGAAAAGCAAAGGAAAGGUAUCAAAGGGUCAUUAUUGGACAAUCGAUCCUGAGUAUGUUCAAGGGUUUGUUAAUAUCAGAUUAAACCGUGGAGGUUCCACAGAUUCAAGCUCUAAAAAGCGGACCUCUUCAAAGAGUAAUGAAUUUAAACCAUCUUUAAAACGGGACAACUCAUUCCCUCGUAAAAGAACCCGGAUUAAUGCUUUCAAAUCUGGUGGCUCAAACGCAAACUCUUCAGCCUCCAAACCUACACUUACUAAAAGUAAUACGGAACCAGUAUUGCCUUUAAACUAUGACUUUGGCUUAAAACAAACAAACAAGUCUCCACUUACUUUAUCAUCUGCUUCAAACUUAAUCAAAGCUCCUGAACCUCCUCUUACUGAUUUAAAACCACAAGAACAGUCCAACUCAUCAGAUCAACCAUUUUAUGAAAACAAUGAACCUCCAUUUUCCCAACUUUCAUCCUAUCAGGACUAUUCCUUCAGCAGCUUUGCUGAUGAUGAGCAACCUUAUUUCCGUCAAGCAUUUUCCUCUAAUGAUAUUUCGUAUUCGACAAAUACGGAAGAUGUCCUACAAGCUGAUUUCCCGGUUUCUCAACAACAAAAUUUAGUUUCUUCGUAUGUUGCUUCUCCGAAUUCUCAUUCCCCUCAAUAUUUGUCAAAAAGGAUAUCAACCUUAACCCGUCCUUCUCGGUUUUUUGACUACCCUGGGUGUCCUUCUUUCCACCGCACUGAUACGACUUACUCUGCCCCAGAGAAUGAUGAUCGAACAAAGAUUCAGAAAAUAAUGCCACUGAAAGCCCUUGUACCAAAAUAUCCCCCAAUAGCCCGGCAACUUCUUUAAAGAAACAUCGAGAGCAUGUGAAAUCCUUACUUUGUCCUAUGGAUUUAGCACCACCUCUCGAUGCUUCUGAUCCAUGGAACACUUCCAGCCAAUUAUUUUCUGAAUCUUUGUUCGAUCAUCAUUCUUUUCAAUCUUCGCUUGACGACUUGGUUUCAGCUGCUUGCUUUCAAAAUAGUCCAGAAACAGCCAUAGAGUCUAGUAAUGCUAAUGAUUCAGGUUCAAUUGCUCCCACGUCUUUAUGUUCUUCACAAGUAUUAAAACAAGGGAACGAAUCUUUUGAACAACCAUCAGAUGACUCAAUUGCUGAGCAAGCUCACGAAAGUAAGAAGGAUGAGACAAGUUCUUGCUCUAAGGCAAGCCAAAAUGCCAACAAAGUUGAAGAAUGCUCUGGUAGCAAUUUUGAACAAUUAGAUGAAGCAGAUAAACAGCUGCUCCGCCUGGGUUCGGAAAUUAAUGACUUAUGAUGAAUUACUUUCUUUAAUAUUUAAUGAUUAGAUAAUGCUUGUUGUUUUUUCGAAAGCCAUAACUUAUGGCCGUUGUAUAUAAUUAUUUUCGACCGAAGUUGAUGAUGCCAAUACCGUUAAUGAUGUUUCAUAAAGCAGCCCACUCUGACGAUAUAGAAAGACCGACAUAUUCCUUUUAUCAAUAAUCUCAUGACUUUGAUGCUCCUCCCUAUUUAUAUCCUUACUCAUUUUAGGCGACACUCACGCCUUUGCAAAGUAUACUUAUAUCUAUUAAGCUCUAUGGUGAGAAGGUAUGUAAAAGACAAUUAUCUUAUAUUCCAACUUAUUUAGAAGCUUCAUAUGGUUUUUUUUUGGGAAACCUGUCUUCUGAUUUUCCGACUUCUCUGCCCUAUUAGUUUUGAACAAAGUACGUACCGGAAUUGACCUCACGGCACGACACACAUGGCCGUAUGUUCUUAGAAGUAUUAAAUAUAUUUAUUUAUUUAUUAUCGCAUA